AUGGGCACCGGAGGACUUGUGGUUUUUCGUUCUGCUGAGAAGGGAGCUCGGAGGGGCGUCUAUGCUUGCAUCUACUUUCAAUGUGACGGCUAUUACACGUCCCUUGGAGUGCGGCUUGCCGAGUUCCUGAAGACAUGCAAGCUGGUGAACGGACUCAGCGGGGAGCCUGAUGACGGCAAAAUCAUCUGCAACGGCUUCGGCUGCUUAGUGGCGCAGUUCAUUUCACACUUCAAGACUGGGGCCGGCCACCUCUACAUGUUUCCCACAGACUGCAAGCUCGAGAUGGAGUUUGUCUACAUCGUGGAAUGUGACGACUCACGCCCGCCAUCCCUGUCGGUGAAGUCCUGGAUGGGCGCACAUCCGAAUCCAGAGGAUGCCACAUCCAUGAGCCUCGAUGAGUUUCAUGCAUUCAGUUUGCAAGGCGGCCCAGCCUCGGAGGACGAGGCAGAAGGCACAGCUGCUGAAGCGAAGCCGGCACUAGCUCGCAGCGUCGGCGAGGAGUAG